AUGACCGGCAUUGUUAUGGUCACUAGGGGCGGCGGCUGCGGCGGAGGCAGCAAAAUGGUCAAAGGAGGAGCCAAGGGCUCCUCCGUCAGUGAUGACCAAAAUCAGCUCUCUUUGGUCGAUGUUUUGCUCACGGCGUUGAGGAAAUCGAUGGUUUAUUGCCGUGUUGAUCGACGGGAGGAGCUUAUCUCCACUGUCCAUCAGAUGGAAAUUGGAUGGCCGACAAAUGUUCGACAUAUUGCCCAUGUCACUUUCGACCGCUUCAAUGGUUUUUUGGGGCUUCCUGUCGAGUUUGAGGUUGAGAUUCCCAGCUCUGUUCCUAGUGCCAG